AUGCGCGAAAAACUUGAAAGAUGGCGUCGAAUGACUGGAAGGAGGUCAGCAGUUGUCAAUUCCUCGUCUGUUUACAACCGAUCACGAUCAGCUGUUUUGUUAAACAUUAAUGGGAAGAACAAGAAAGGAAAGGAAAGGUGAGGAGUGGAUCCUGCUAGCUUGGAUAUUCUAAUUACUUUUUUUCUCCCUGGUUAGGCUUUGAUGCCUGCAAGAUUUGUAAAGUUAGAAGCGACAUUGUGAAUAAGCUUGAAGACAUUCAAUGCAACGUCAGCUUAAGCUGAUCCUACUCGCAGUUGAAAGCUUAUCCAGCUUUGUUUAAUUUAAAUUUGCUUUUAAAGAAGUUAAAACAUUAUCAUAUUGUAUUAUGCGUGUGGACCAGCAAUAGCCAGUGUUUUUAUUAAGCUUAAAUAUUGAUGUUUCUCACAGUUUCUUUGUAUUAUUUUCUGGUAUUGUAUCAGGAUUAUAAAAGGAUCACAGUCCAGUUCACAACUUAAGGUAUUAAAGUAUACCAGUAAUUACCGGUAUGUGUGUUGUAAAGAGAAUAAUAUUUAAUUCAUCUCGUUAUGCCUGAAGGAAACGAGGGGUGGGCUGAGGUGUGGACCUUGAUCAUUGUUGCUGAACUGAAUUCUUGGUUUGCAACCACGUGACAAGGCGGCCAUGUUGGGGGUCAAGACAAAAGAAUAUUUCCUCGAAGAAUUUACAUGAAAAUAGAGUUUAGUUCCCAGAGGAGAGAAAGGCUUUUGUUCUUGACCACCAACAUGGCCGCCAUGACGUCACGUGCAAACCAGCAAUGUAGAUCAAACAUUAGAAGAAAAUUCACCAGCGUAAAAGAGUGUGAGGGUUUUGACCAAUUCUUGGUGUCAACAAUGUGACAAAUUUUUGUAGUUUAUAAAUUAUUAUUAUUAUUAUCAUUGUCAUUAUCAUAAUCAGAUCGUUAUCAUUAUUAUUAUUAUUAUUAUUAUUAUUAUUAUUGCUUGAUUCUCUCCAGAUCUCUGGUGUUUUUCUAGGUCGUCUAAGCCGUGUUUCAGCAGCUUCCCACUGCGUAGAGACGUAACACUUUUUGCAAGAUAUAAGCAGUACCAAGCAUGGCUGGCAACUGUGCAUGUCCAAAAAUGUCAGGCAGACUUAAACUCCGAAACCAGGCCCUUGCAUUCUUUUAGAUAGAUGUUAUUAUUAAAUAGUAGUAGUGGCAUUUUUAUUAUCAUUAUUUUUAUUAUCAUUAUUAGGAUCACAAUUUUACAAGAUUUUGAUAUUUUUAAGGCUCAAACAGGAUAUAAUAGAAUUGGUGAUCAGUCAGUGGGGUCAGAAAGCCUUGGUUGUCCAAAAAAGAGAAGAGAAACAUUUUUGAUUCAACAGAAAAAAGCUCCCCUUACUAACCAUGGCUUAGAGAGUAAUACUGCACUUGGAGAUGCAGGUACAAAACAGUACAGGGACAAAACUCUAAGCAUGAGGUGUGUAUCAUUUAUCACUAUUGUUCUCUCUUUUUUUUUCAAUUUUUGUGACACUUGUUGCUCAUAUUUAAAAAAAACUUUGAUGUUGGUAAAAAAAAAACUCAUUAACUGCAAGCAAAAUUCUCGAACAUUUUUUUUUUAAUUGUGUGUGUAACAAGUUUCCAUUUUCCAUGCUUUCAGUGAGAGGCUCAAAUUGUGGAGAACUGAAAAGAGGUGAGUAAAUCAAUUUGUCGUAAAUUUGAAAUGUAUAUGGCAAAACAGAUUUCAACCACUCACUUAGUUAUUGUCUCCUGCAACUUAAGGGCACUAAUAAUAAAGCAGUCACUUUCCUGCUGCAAAGGUUUCAACUGCAUAUACUAGGGUCUGAUGGAUUGUGCUCAUGAAAUAGAGUAAUAUAUUUGCUUUUUGGUGUCAUCUUGAAUUAUACUCAAAACUAUGCUUGGUUGUAGCCUUAUUGUGCCUUAAUUAUUAUGCAGGAAAAAAUGACAUGUUUCCCUGUCGUAACAACUAAAUGAACACUUUCUUGCAGUCUUUUAUAUUUUACUUUUGAAAGAAAAAAAACAAGAUAGUGUUUACUUUUUAAUUUGGAAGCUUGACAUAAUGAGAUAAGUGGCUCUUAGACUAGGUUAAAGUGCAGGUUCUUUUAUGAUUACAGGUCACUGGUUUAUUGAUGUAGAUAAACUCACCAAAAUAAUAGUUUCCCCUUGAGAAAAACCAGGGUUCAAAGAAAAGUUUGAUUUCAGCUUGUCCUUAGCUUUGGGCAAAUGGCACUCACAUUUUUCCUGCUAAGGGCAACUUCUUGCUUGUGUCACCCCAUUAUGGGGGGUUGACCCCAGGGAAUCCUUGAGCAAAUCCCCCCACCCUAGAAUAAUAGUUUAUUAUUUCUCCUUAGCCCCUAACCCAAGGCAACAGUAGCAGUACUUCAAGGGACUUUCACAUUGCAAAAAAAUUAAUUUGUUUCUUCUUGUUUCAUAAAAAUACUCUUUUAUUGUGUGGCGGUAUUAAAGGUUUACGAAAAAGUCAGCAAAUAAACUAGUUCACUCUGGAAUUUGCCUGUGUUGCAGACAUAAUUUUUAACCCUGGUUGAUAACAUUAGAAUUGAGCUGGCAUUAUGCAUGAUACUCCAGAUACAUAUUUCAUGUAUAAAAAUACUCAAUUUUUGCCUGCAUAAUCUGUGAGACCAUAGUGCCUUUGGUUGUAUCAUGCUUUUUGUAGAAGUGAUGUUGGACAACAGAAACCCUUUUUACAAUAAAAUUUAAGUACCCUUGUAAUAGGUUACUAAUGAUUUCAAUAAUUCAGGAGUCAUCUCUUUUAUUUACAUUUAAUUCAGAAAAAGCAGCGAGGACAAGCCUGCUGAGAAGAAAAGACAACAGUUAACAAAAGUUAAGAGAAAGUCGGAUAGUAAAGAAAAUACAAAACAUUACCAAAAACUGUAAGUGAGAAUUAAUUAUUAAAUGACAUGUAUUACUUUGAGUUCCCUCACAAGUACUCAGAUUUGACUUCACUUGAUUACCACGCUUGACGUUUUUAAUAUUGCCAAGCUUAUAGUUAAUAUUUGCGCUUCCAUGUUCAAGUAGUUUUUUUUUCUUUUGUUUUGUUUUCACCGCUUAAAAAGACGGGAACCUGUAAAGAAAUAACUAAGGCUACCUCCACACGUAUCCGGAUAUAUUUUAAAAAGGGAGAUUUUUUCUCCGUUGUCAAAAAAAUGCGGGUCCGCGCAUACCACAUUCAAAUCGUUUUUUCUCCCGUCCACCAAAAAAAAAUCGCUAAAAAAAAUGGGAAUUACGAUAGCAUUUUUAAGGAGCAUGCACAAUGGUAGAAGUAUAUGAUGUUCGAAAACCUCCCUUUUCGGCCGCCCACAGUUAAAUGAAAAGCCGAUGUUUUCAAAGAUCUCCACUCUGUUGAGUGUCUUGAAAAGAUUCAUUUUCCGUGACCCUUUUCACCGGAUACGUGUGGACAGUCGGCCAAAUCAGUGAUAAACCUCCCUUUUCCCAAAAAAACGGCCAAUAUGUGUGGUCGGGACGUACUGAUGUGGGUAAUGGUCCUUCAACGGUUAAUUCUACGCCUUGUAAGACUCAUUACCUUACAACAGUCCUUGCACACGUCACAACUGCUUAGGUGCCCCAAUUGGCGGGGAAAUUGUUCGAUUCCUGGGCGAUUUUGGUGUACCCUAUUUCAGGCGUCACUCCGCAGAGCCAUUGCACUCCACCUCUGUUAAGUAUGCUGGAGCCAUCAUUUAGCCAUUGCACUGACCAUUGCAGCAUUGGCUCUGGGUCCAUGGCUGAGGACACCUGAAAAAAAAAACACGUGCAGACGGAGCCUAAUUCAACGAAUAUACUCGAGUAGCCAGGGGGCAGGUCAUGUGUCAUAUAUUGAAUCUAGAAAACAGACUAGCUUUACUGCUCAUCACGACUCACUCAAUACCUAACUGGUAGCUUCCUAUAGCGCUCCGGAUGUUUAAUUUUCACUAAGUUUUAUUUGUUGUCGGUAAAUUCCAUUUCGCCAAAGAGUUCAUUAGCUGCCACUAAAAGUCAUUCAUGCUAUCGCAAAGAUUCAUAUGCUAUUGCUAAAGCUCCAUGCAAACGGACACAACCGAUUGUUGGCCAACAACAUACAACAACAUGCAACAGGAUGUGCAAACGGACGCAACAUGUGGGUAACAUCCAACAAUCUUGCGUCCGUUUGCACAUAAAACUUAUUUUCUGUCGCUAAACUCAUUCGCUGUCGUUAAAACUUUUUCGCUGUCAUGUAUAACCCAUUCACUAUCUCAACACUUCAUUCGCUGUUGCUAUAAGUCUUCCUCUAUCGCGAAAACUUAACUGCAUUUGUUGUCUCUAACAUUUAUUUGCUAUCGCUAAAGUCUAUUCGUCCCUGGUGGGACUAGGAUGAAAUUUCAAACAACUGAUCAAUAAAGGAAAUCCCUUUCUAUUAACUACAGCAGCCUUCGAUGCAACUGGAAGAAACAGAUAAUUCGCCCCAUGUAAUGUGAUUCCGGGAAUUUUAUGUGGUGGAAUCCAGAAUCCUGGGCUUUGGAAUCCGGAAUACAGUUAUAAGUAUCUAAAAUCCAAAACCUGGAUUUCAGAAUCCAAGACUGUCUUGGAUUCCCUUACAUGGUGCCGAAAUGUGAGGAGAUAGGGGCGGAGAGUCGGAUGAUAAGUUCCCGUCCCCACCCUCUCACUCUACAUAUUAACAAAACGCGCCAAUUUUCGUGCAUUUAUGGAGUGAAAAUACGAGAAAACAGAGCGCUUAGAACGGUCUUACUAUUAUCCAUAAAAAGCGUAGCAAUGAUUAAAACCCCCUCCCAAAAUCUACAAAGGAUACUAAGAGGUGUUAUUUAAUAAUAUUUACCAUAUGUUUUACUUUGUAAACCCUUAGAGAAAAUGACACCAAAAAUUAUUGCACUCCUGCCAGUAAAAAGCAAACGAACUCAGUUGUCAGGAAAACACGCUUCGUUACCCCAUCCAGUCAGCGCAAAUAUGGUACGCUACAGUCAAAAGGUGCAUUGCAGUCUACCCAAAAAUCCACAGUGAAUACAAUGAACAGGAAAAAGGAGACCACAGUUAGGACAGAAGCCAGUACAGGGGGGUGUGGAGCUGAAUCCGACAACAUGAAGUCAUACAAAGACAAAACUCUUGAUAUGAGGUAUGAUGAUGACAGUUAGCUUAGUGAAACACAGUUGAGUGUCAUCCACGUUUUUCAAUUUCUCUGAGUUGUUGAGAAAAUCAAUACGGUGUGAACGCCAGGGACUGAAAUUCCCAGUUAUAGUAUCUUGUUCUCAGGCCUAUGGAUACCGGGGGGCAAUGUGAGCCAAUUACCGCAAAACACAUGGAGAUUUGCGCCUCUUCGAACCACUUGUUUAGCUAUUCGUUCUUUCCAACUUCGCGCACACUUAAUACGGGGCAAACGAGUAACCAACGGAGACACUUUAUUAGAAAGGAUCAGUCCUUUCACUCUGCUUUCCUGGGUGCAUGCCUAUAGUUCCUUGCAGUGAGACUACUCGAACAGAGGCACUUGGAAGAAGAUUUUCCAAUCACAACAUUUUUUUGAAAACACUGAAAAGAUUCUCAAGUUUUUUUAUUCUGCAAACGGAACAGUAAAAUUUAAGGUUCAACUAUGCAACCGUUAAAAACGUUACUUACCUGACCUCUCGGGGAACAGUCCUCAAAUUUGUGAAUGUUAUUGGUCCGUUUGCCAAAAAACUUGAGAAUCCUUUUUUUUCAAAAACCGUUGUGAUUGGAUAAUCUUCUUCCAAGUGCCCCGGUUCGAGAAGUCGCACUGUAAAGAGAAUACAGUUGUUUCCUUCGUCAAAAAGGAUGCUUGUUUGAGGCUACACUGAAUGUGAUGUAUGUCAUACUAGCUCACUGCUAGCUUUCCUAGAUAGGUCGGGAAAGAGGAAGCUUUCUACAUCUUUGAACAAACUGUUGAAAAAGCGGUUCCUCAACGGAAAACGAAACUCAUUCUCAAUGCUGACACAACAGAGUGCAUUUGUGCAGAUAAAAUGCACAGGUUCGAUAUAAAACAGCGACUACUAUAUUAUAACGACGUACUUCUUUGUCUCGUACUAUUCCAUGCAUGUAUUAACAUUUUAGCUGAAAAAUUCUUCGUAAAUAUGUUCCUUCUUUCUCAACUUUUCACUAGAGAAAUAUUUACUAGCAAAUGUCUGCUGAAGGAUAUUCUAAUGACUCGCAACUCCCAAAAACCACUCCCAUUUUGCGAGUUUGCGACUGUUACUUUCUAACCCUGUAAUUUACUCAAGAUAUCUUUUUCUCAUGUAGAGAACGAUUGGAGCUCUGGCGCGCAGAAAAAGGGUAAGCUAAAAGCUCACUUUUUGUAUUUAAAUAAUUUAUUUGAAAUGUUGGUUGAUUUGGGAUGUUUCAGACCCGUAACCAGUGGCGCCAGUUAGAUUUGUGUACGAGUACGUAAGACUUUGGAAUUUCGAGCUCGUUGUGUCUCCGGAGCCAUAAUACUUUUCUCUUGCUGACUAGCACAUAUAUAAAUUAAAUGUAAGGGAUAAGAUCGUGAUUGGUGUACCGAUAAUAUAAGUUAAGAUAUGAGGCAAGCAUUUGGUUACUCUUAGUCACUGAGCUCGUAGCCCAAUAUAAAAGUCCCUAGCAUGGAGGAAACCAUGAAAGCUGCGGCGGUAAACAUAUUAAGUGUCUUGUGUGUGCUUUGGGGGAAGGUAUAAUGGCUAAAACAGCUGUCAAAAAACAAUUUUUUUGCGACACUACCACGUCGAUUAGAAUUUUCAUGGUCUGGCUACGGCCCAGAGUAUUUUAAAAAUAAAAUGUUCUUCUAUGGUUAUACAUCCAACAGGAAGAAACCAAAAUACAAGACACCAGCUUUUGUGAAGAUUCCCAGAAGCGUCCAAGAACUGAACGUACAUGAGAAAAAGAGACUUUCUUUUGAUUGUCAUGAAGAAAGUAACGAUGCACGAGCCAAGCAGUCUCGGGCCGUUUCACCUGGACAAGGAGAAAAUAUUGAAGAAAAUCUACGAGAGUGCUUAAAACAGUUAGAAGAGGUAAGAGAAAAGGGCAUUUUUUCAUUCGUAACUAAUAACAUUUAUGUAUGAUAUGGAGGUCCUGUAUUUAGCUUGUACGUCCCGCGACGUAAAGAUUUAUGUAGACUUGGUUUGAGACCUAUUUAUCAGUCUUUGAGUAGACUCUGAAACAUGACGAUGAAGGCAUAUUUUUGCGCUACCAAUAUGCAAAUUAAACGACUUGUGGGCAAGUUUAAAAUUUAUGCAACUGGCACCUGGAAUUACCCUGCAAAAACGGAUCAAUUUUAUUUGAAAAUGAGUAGUAACAGAGGUCUUUGAAACCUCUUAUUUCAUCGCCCCGCUAUUUGUUAAAGGGUAGUUUCCAAACAAAUCCUGUCGAGCUGCUACAUCAUUUUCAAGUCUUUGACUCUUGGAGUUCUGUAACGUAUUUCUCGGAAAACACCGUCUUCAAAACAUGAUCAAAGUCGUUGCAUUGUAAUAAGCCACUAUUGGCGAGGUGAACAGCUUGUCGGCAAGAACAUUGAAUAAAACCCCUGACAGAGGUGAUAAGUGAAAACUGGGCCUCAGUAAACUGCAAGUUUCAACUCGGUUUACACCAGCUGUGGCAAAAACCAAUGUGCGCGAUAGUGUGGUCCUCACAGGAAUGAUAUUUCCCCGUUUUACAAACCGUGUAAACACUUAAGUUUGUAUGGCUGACCUCUAAGUCCAACAAACGCUUCAACUAUACUACCAAAGUAAGUUGACUGGGGAAGUACGGCAUCUUCCAUAACGGAAGUCACAAUUUAACUUGAAGUUUCAUCUGUUCUCUUCACCGCAGGGCGAAUGUGACCUGGAGAAAGUGGCAGCCAAACUAGACUUGUAUAACUCAGCAUGUCCACACACUACGCAGAUAGCUAACUACUGGCUGUGUCGCGCCAAGAUUGCACAGAAAGAAAACGACUUUGAUCGUGUGGUUUGCCUGUACGAACAAGCCUUGGUUUUCAAAGCCCAGGUAUUUUACUUCACUAUAUCCUUCCCUUUUCCCCCCUCCUUCCUAGUAUUCCGUUAUAAAUCAGCCAAAAGCCGAACGCAUUCGUCUUCUUCCACGUAACAAACAAAACAGCGCUCGUUCAUCGUAAUCCAAAAAAAUUAAACUAUCCAAAACAGGCGAGUUCGUCUCAGUAUCGGCUAUAACAACGAAAACCCUCUGACAUUCAUCUCUAUCCAUAAAUCCAACCAAAUAAGCGCGUGUUUACUUCCGUUUCCUAAACCAAUGAAAUUCCUUCAGAUCAUUUUGAUUUGUUUACGUGUGACUAUUUUGAUGAGUUGUCAUCAGGUUGAUGUGCUCCUCUGCAAGUUCAACACUUGUAAAUACUAUCACUCAGUUUACAACGAGUUAUUUUUCUUUCAUUUUUUUUUUUUUUUUUUCAAGCAUCGCAAAGGAGAGGUCCCGCAAAAAAUAAUCCAUGGGCCACAGGGGUUCGACCAAUUUACCUUUGCAAAUUUGUUUUAAUUCCACUGUACACAAGGCUCAGUUUUCAGUCUUUGAAAAAGGAGCUUAAGCAAUCACAAAAAUGACUGCAAUGAAAAAGGCACUACAAAAUUUAUUUCCAUUCUUUCAGAUUUCACUUUUCCGAUUAUGCCGCCCUGAUUUCCUAACGUUGAAUUGUCAGGAACUGCAUCCAUAUUCAAUGCACAGAGAAAGGAAAGGGUGCGUCCUACGAAAGUCCAUCGCUCUCGCGCUUCAUCCCGCGUACCGCUCGCGCGUGACCUCUCACGAUAUUCACCAAAUAGAGUGCUUGCUCGCAGACUAAUGAGUGGACACUGACUGAGAAGAAUCCACCUCAUGGAAAGUUAAGUUAAAGACAGACAAAUAAGAUGCAGACACGAUUAACCAGUCACCUAUUUCGCCUAGGUCAGAGGAAGGUGUUUGACUUACCGGGCUUUUGAGAGAGUUAUUUGUAAUUUAACUGUCUGUUUUGUAGCCGGAAUCCUUGAUCAGGGAUGCCGUGUGCUCGUUCGUAAAGUUCAUGAAGGAACAUGGCAGUCAAGGUAGUAAUUCAAUUUAAAUUAGAAGAUGUUUUUGUAUGUAUUCAGUAUUGAAUGGGUUGUGUGUUCUACAAUUAUUACUCUUCUAUGUUGUAUUCCCAGAGGAGACAAUAGAUGAGUUUUGCGGGUUACCAGCAGCAUCACCAACUGAGUCUAAGACUGACGAUAAGGACACUUCUUUAGAGGAACUGAAUUCCUCUAUUAUCAAGUUCUGCCUCACGGAAGCCACGCCUUACAGAAAGAGGUAAAUGAUACUGAGUUAGACUGCGAGCAGCUAUCCUUCUUUCCUCAUAGCCACGCGCGGCGAGCUAGAAAUUAAAGUAAAACUUAUGCAAAUCUGAAUGGUAAGGAGGAGAAAUGCGUCCUCUUUCCUCGCGGCUUCGCUUCUUGCCCCUUACGCAUGCUUUUGAUCUACUACGAGCCAAAAGAAAAAUAAGAGACUGCUCGCAGUCUAAUACCGACUCAAUGAGCAUUAUUAAAAUUGAGCUAAAAGCAAGACGUCAGAUGCACAGCAGGUUAAAGAAAAAAAGUUAAAUUAUUGGAAUUUGUCUCAGACGGACCCCUCUUUUGGCUUGUUCAGAUGAGAGAACGUUUUAAAAGUUUGUUUUUGUUCCUGACUUGCUGAUAAUUUAAUUCCAACUGUUAUUCUGCAAAUAACCCAUAAACUCCACAGUUAAUUCUCUGUUUCAUCAAUUGUUUUACAUUGCAACGCCGGCCGCACAACAUUGUAUAUGUACUCUUCCCAUUCGUUCCUCGCCGUGAUCCAUCAUCUCGGUUACCCCCGGCUUGCUCCCGUCAGGCAUCGCACUUUAGUCGGUGGACCAACUGUAGAUGUAAUCCGGAGGUCACGUGGGUUGAAUUCCACCGAGUUUAAAAGAUUUUUCCCUGUCGUGUGUAGUCCCCUAAUUCCCUUUACUAGGGCUAACUCUCAGACUGUGGGAUGAAUGGGUUAUUUGUAACUUGAAUUUUCACGAUCCAGAGUUAUUUUUCAGUUCCAUCACUUAGUUAUAACUCAGUUAGGUUUUAUGGAGGUAAUUGUGUUAAAAUAUUCAGAUUGAUUUUUCUUAUGCGUUUCCUUAAAAAAAUUUAGUUGUGUAUGAAGCAAUAAAUUAAUCAACGUUAUCCACAAGGCUGAUAAGUCCUGCAUGGCAAACGAAAGGACAAUUUUUCCUCCAAUGUAGACGAUGAUUUUGUGAUCAGGAAAUGCCUAUAACAAUAAGUUUACAUUCAACAAACAAAUGCUAUUGACAUCGCGAUAAUAUUUCUAAAUCCCCUAGGUUCAAAGCAACAUUCGGCAAAUCUGUGUUGACACCAGUGCGCAGGUCCGUUCGUCUGGAGCGCGUCAGUACCCAGCAUCCCUCAGUGCUCCAGGAACAUGAUCUCACUGUUAGAAAACUGGAAGAACUUCCGGAGAACGUUCAAAACAACCUACUGUUCAAACCAAACUUUGCUGUCAACGCUGAACUUAACGAGGCCUGGACCGAGUUGCAGCUUGACUUUAAUCAAUAA